UCUUUAUCUACGAUCCUCACUAAACCCUUUAUCUCCAUGCCUGCCGCUCAUAUUUCACACUCCCCUGCUAUGCCAAGCUUUAAAAAGGUGGUACUGUAUACAGGGAAUGUCAUGCGUACCAGUGUAGCUGGUCGCAACGCCAAUGUUCACAAGAAAUCCAACAAAGAGUUAUAUACGGCCAUUGACGAUACAUUGAAGACUUCCAUCUCUGCUACCACCACACCUUCCUACAGAUACUAUUCGGAUGAGGAGCUUCUGGAGAUACCUGACCUUCGUUUCAGCAGCGUCAUUCCCGAGGACUGCCGUGGCGAUGUUGAAGUCACUGCCAAAUUAUUCUACUUGAAUCGAGUAUACCCUGCGUCUCACAUUGACCAAGCCAUUGAACACCUCCAAAAGAUCCUGGCGGUAAAGUCUAUUGAUACAUUUAUCGUAUCUACCGCAGAUCAACAAUUGGAAGAUAUCAAGGAAGCAUGGCAGAGCUUGGAAAACCAUGUUCAAAACGGCACUGUCAAGGCAUUGGGUGUUUCUGACUAUUCACAUGCUCAGCUUGAGGCAUUCUUAAACCACGAGGAGAUAAAAGUGAAACCGACCAUUGACCAGAUCAACGUAGCUCACUGCUGCAAUUUACCCACCGAUCUUAUUGACUUGGCGAAGCGCAAUCAAGUGGAAUUAUUACACAAUGGCGAUAGCUUGGAUAUGCUUUCUGACGAAGAGCUCACAUCUCUGUUCCGUUCACACAAUGUCAUUGACAGCGAAAAGACUUUGAAGCCUCGAUGGGUUGUGAAAUACCAUGUUUUCGUGAAAUGCCGUAGUGUCGUUGCCGACAAAGGUUACAUUGUGCUUGGUGAUUCCGCAUGAUGAUGAUGACUGCUGAUUCCAUUUUUUUCUUCCCUCAUGUUGCGUUGCUUAUUUAAUUCAUUUUUCAUUUCGAUAAACACUGUAGAUCCUAUCGUUAGACACCUUAUUUGUACAGAACAGGAAAUAUCCAUCACCCGAAAGGCUUUCGUUUGCUUUCCGAUACAAGAAAAUGCACAUUUCAAAGUCAGACCAUGUUUGGAAAUAAGAUGAUCUCCCUUGCCCGCUAUCCGUGUCACUAAAUAAUAAUCAUUCUGGAAAAUGAGAUUGCCUUUUUACAUUGGCAGCAAAUAAAUAUCAGGUUCGUCUGUAGAGGUCGUCUUACAAGCACCGCAAUGGUACUCAAUGUCUGGUGAUAUGAGUCCUGUCAUCCAAAGAGCAUUUUGAAACAGCAUGCCGAACGUUUGGCUCAAGAAUUGCUUUAUCGCAAGUGUGC